CAGGAUACUGCAUCCCGUUUAGCUGGGUUCUUUAGUCUCCCUAGUGCUUCUUCUGAUAACUGUAAGGACUGCUCAUGCAUUUUGCGUUGUUGCUUGGUUUUGUCUGGUGUCUUCUGAUGAGCCAAGUGAGGUCACACAUACUGGGGAAUAUAGCCUUUUUGGUGGAUUGUAGGAGUUAUUUCUAAUGAUAUUACCUAUUACUGUUAAAGUGCUAGGUGCUGGGGUAUUUACUGUAAAUUUAUUCUUUUUCCAUUGUAGUUUUUAGGAGCUACCUUGGUAUAAGCCUAAAAUUUCUAAAAUAAUAUGAUACCGUUAGUAAUGCAAAAAAAGAUAAGUUAUAAACACUGGCAGUGUGGCAUCUCAGAUACUGUGCGUGCGUGCGUGCGUGCGUGUCUGUGUGUGUGUGUGUGUGUGGUGUAUGUGCACAGAGGCCACUGUCUUCCACCCUGUUUCUGUGAGAAGAGUCUCCCAUUGCACCUGGCUAGACUGGCUGGUAGACUGCCACCCCCAGCAGCUGUCUGUGUCUGAUAGUGCUGAGGGCUCCGUGUACACUCAUGGGGUGCACUCAUGGGGUGCCGGGCUCAGAACUCAGAUCCUCACCCACAGAGACAUCUUCCCAGCCUCAUAGAUGUUGAUUUUUAACUUUUGAGGCACAUUGUUUGUACUUUUAUCUAGAAACAUAUGAAUGUAAGACUUAAGAAUGUAAAGCAGUAAGUAUGUAGUUAAGGUUUCUUCCUUAGUAAAGCUAUUCAUCUGUCUGUCUUUCUAUUUGUCUGUCUGUCGGUGUCUGUGUGAGUGUGGUUGUAUUCGUGUUUCGGUGACCAUGAGGGUCAGAAGAAGAGGCCAGAUAGAUCACUUGGACUGGAGUAGCUGUGUGCUGUACUUGGGUACCAGGAUCUAGACGCCGGUUCUUCCCUACAGCAUUGGAUGGACGUUCUUUAGCCCUGAGACAUUUUUCCAUUUGUCCAGAUAAUGAGACUGCUGUGUACACAUUAAUGCCAAUGGUGAUGGCCGAUCAGCACAGGUCUGUUUCUGAACUCCUAUCAAAUUCAAAAUUUGAUGUCAAUUAUGCAUUUGGACGUGUGAAGAGAAGCUUGCUUCACAUUGCAGCAAACUGUGGAUCUGUGGAAUGCUUGGUCCUUCUGUUAAAGAAAGGAGCAAACCCUAACUACCAAGAUAUUUCAGGCUGUACACCCCUUCAUCUCGCUGCUAGAAAUGGACAGAAGAAAUGCAUGAGUAAAUUACUGGAGUACAGUGCGGAUGUCAACAUUUGUAAUAACGAAGGCCUUACAGCAAUACACUGGCUGGCUGUGAAUGGGAGGACAGAGCUACUCCACGACCUCGUGCAGCACGUCACGGAUGUGGAUGUGGAGGACGCAAUGGGGCAGACAGCGUUACAUGUAGCCUGCCAGAACGGGCACAAAACGACAGUGCAGUGCUUGCUAGACAGCGGUGCUGAUAUUAACAGGCCGAAUGUAUCAGGAGCCACGCCACUGUACUUUGCUUGCAGUCAUGGUCAGAGAGAUACUGCACAGAUUCUUCUAUUACGAGGAGCCAAAUAUUUACCAGAUAAAAAUGGAGUAACCCCUCUAGAUCUAUGUGUACAGGGCGGCUAUGGGCAGACUUGCGAAGUGUUAAUUCAGUACCACCCGAGGCUUUUCCAGACCAUUGUUCAAAUGACACAGAAUGAAGACCUCCGGGAAAACAUGUUACGGCAAGUUCUGCAGCAUUUGUCUCAGCAAAGUGAAAGCCAGUACCUGAAGAUCCUGACAGGCCUUGCUGAAGUUGCUACAACAAAUGGCCAUAAGCUGCUUAGUUUAUCUAGCAAUUAUGACGCACAGAUGAAGAGCCUUUUGAGGAUCGUGAGGAUCUUUUGUCAUGUCUUUCGGAUUGGUCCCUCAUCUCCCAGCAGUGGAAUCGACAUGGGCUACAAUGGGAAUAAAACUCCAAGAAGCCAGGUGUUCAAGCCUUUGGAAUUGCUUUGGCACUCAUUGGAUGAAUGGUUAGUUUUAAUAGCCACAGAGUUAAUGAAAAACAAGGAGGACUCAACGGAUAUCACUUCUAUUUUGCUGAAACAAAAAGGCCAGGGUCCAGAGGCCACUUCUGUUUCACCGUUUGAGCCACCAGGACCUCGGAGCUAUGAAAGCCUGUCCACAGGUCCAGGAGAAUCCAAACCAGAUGUGCUUGCAGGGGAGCAGGAAGCCAGCGCGGACUGCCAGGAUGUCAUCUCUGUGACAGCCAACCGCCUAAGUGCUGUCAUUCAGGCCUUCUACAUGUGCUGCUCCUGCCAGAUGCCUCCCGGAAUGACUUCGCCUCGUUUCAUUGAAUUUGUCUGCAAGCAUGAUGAAGUGUUAAAAUGUUUUGUGAACAGAAAUCCCAAAAUUAUAUUUGACCAUUUUCACUUUCUUCUUGAAUGUCCUGAAUUGAUGUCAAGAUUCAUGCAUAUCAUAAAAGCACAGCCAUUUAAAGAUCGCUGUGAAUGGUUCUAUGAACAUUUGCACUCAGGACAGCCAGACUCAGACAUGGUACACAGACCAGUGAAUGAAAACGAUAUCCUCCUGGUUCACAGAGAUUCUAUUUUUAGGAGUAGCUGUGAAAUUGUAUCAAAAGCAAACUGUGCAAAGCUAAAGCAGGGAAUUGCUGUGCGGUUUCAUGGAGAAGAAGGCAUGGGUCAAGGUGUGGUGCGUGAGUGGUUUGAUAUUCUGUCUAAUGAGAUAGUCAAUCCUGAUUAUGCACUGUUCACCCAGUCAGCAGAUGGAACAACUUUUCAGCCCAACAGCAACUCCUAUGUCAAUCCUGAUCACUUGAACUAUUUCCGGUUUGCUGGACAGAUCUUGGGAUUAGCUUUGAAUCACAGGCAGCUGGUCAAUAUUUACUUCACACGAUCAUUCUACAAGCACAUUCUUGGUAUUCCUGUAAAUUACCAAGAUGUAGCAUCUAUUGAUCCAGAAUAUGCCAAAAAUUUGCAAUGGAUUUUAGAUAAUGAUAUUAGUGACCUGGGUCUAGAACUGACGUUUUCUGUUGAGACGGAUGUGUUUGGAGCCAUGGAGGAGGUGCCUUUAAAGCCUGGGGGUGGAAGUAUUCUUGUGACACAAAAUAACAAAGCGGAGUAUGUCCAGCUCGUUACUGAACUUCGGAUGACAAGAGCCAUUCAGCCGCAGAUCAAUGCGUUUCUACAGGGUUUUCAUAUGUUCAUCCCACCUUCCCUCAUACAGCUGUUUGACGAGUAUGAAUUGGAGCUCCUGCUUUCUGGCAUGCCGGAAAUUGAUGUAAAUGAUUGGAUAAAAAAUACAGAAUACACAAGUGGCUAUGAAAGAGAAGAUCCAGUUAUUCAGUGGUUCUGGGAAGUUGUGGAAGACAUUACUCAAGAAGAGAGAGUUCUUCUCUUGCAGUUUGUCACUGGCAGUUCCAGGGUCCCGCAUGGUGGCUUUGCCAAUAUUAUGGGUGGAAGUGGUUUGCAAAACUUUACAAUUGCUGCUGUGCCGUAUACUCCAAAUCUUUUACCAACUUCCAGCACAUGCAUCAACAUGCUCAAGUUACCUGAAUACCCAAGUAAAGAAAUACUCAAGGACAGACUCCUCGUGGCGCUGCAUUGUGGCAGCUAUGGUUAUACAAUGGCAUAAUGAAGCCUGGAAAACUCAUCUGACAACUGAUGCACAAUCCAGAGUGACAGAAGUAAUUUAGGCAGCUGUCAGCAAGGCAGCCUUGCUGCGACCCACAGGCAGAGAGCACCUGCUUAAAAUUCAUAAAGAAUCAGGUUUUCUAUUUUACGUUUCUUUUCCAUGUUUUGUUUUUCUAUGUUUGUGAUACAAUUAGAAAAUAUAAAAUCAUAGUAGACUUCAUUUUUAAAAAUUCUAAUUGGAAGUAGACAUUGUCUUUUUUUUUAAGUCUCUUUAAUCUUAUCUACAACUCUUAAGGCAAACUCUUUUUCUACAUUCCAUCUCUGCUGUGAUCCUGUCAAUUUAAAGGGUAUUUUCUGUAAAUUAUAUGAGGACAUCCAGCUGCUAUGUUCUAUUGCAUGUAAAGUACCAUUUAUAUUUUGGAAAAAUGUAUAGAAUGGAUUAAUUUAGAUUGUGUAAAGCCAUAAAUAUGUAUUUUCCCACGUUACACUUAUAUUGCAAUGGGUUUUAUUUUUUUGUUGUUGUUUAGCUUUUUAGUAUUUUGAUACAUGGUAUAAACUUUAGACUGGUGUGCUGAACAAUGGAUAAAGUGACAUCUAAUUUGUAUAUUAAAGCUUAUACUAUAUGAAUUAUUUGCA